UACCAGUAACCAUAAAAGAAAAAUAGGCUUACCAGAAAUAGGAACCGACCCGUCUGUUUUAGGAACCGGAACUGUACUUUCCCCGGCGGUUCCAACUCCAAAUACAUUGGGCCCGGUGACGCCAGCACGUUUGGCCACCCCUACCAACCGUUAUUUCUUCUCAGUUCCUCACUGGAAUAUUGGGUUUUUAGGGAUAAAGCAAAAGUAAUCGAUCCGUGAUCCGCCAUCCAUCCGCAGUUCUUGACCUAUAAUUUCGUAACACGCAAUGAUGGCGAACUCACUUCGAUUGUACUUGACCUGCAUCCGGAACACCCUGGAAGCCGCAUUGUGCUUACAGAAUUUCCCCUGUCAGGAAGUUGAAAGGCACAAUAAACCGGAAGUUGAACUCAAGUCUCAAUCGUUGCUUUAUGGUUUUCAGGACGAGUCCGGAGCUUCUUCUGAAUCCUGUAUAGUUGGCUUGGUUGACAAUAAGCAAAGGAACGUUCUAAUCUGCAGAAAUGAGGCUGAGAAAUGUUUGAUAGAAACGUCUAUAAACUCAUUACGGAUAAGCCUCAAGGUAAAUUCUGGCAUAUCUACUUAUCUUCGUUUCUUUGACAUUGAUGUAUGGCCAAUAGUCAAUGAAAACUUUGCCAUGAAAGAUCCAAGUUCUGAUGGCAUUCUACUAUUAGCUUUUAGAAAGGCUUGGGCAUUAUUAGUUUUCACCUUGGAAACUUGGCUUUACUUGGGAAGCAGUCGUUUCUUUUCCAAGUCAAGGGUGAUGCUCUAUAAUGUUAAGCAGGCAGAUGAACUUGAGAACAUACUUACAAAGAAAUUUCUCAGAUUUCUAUCUAUGAGAGCAGAGGCAUUUCAAGUAUUGAGGAGAAAACCAGUGCAGGGAUAUGAUAUCAGUUUUCUUAUCACUAAUUUUCAUUGUGAGGAGAUGCAGAAGCAAAAGCUUAUAGAUUUUAUUGUUCAGUUCAUGGAGGACAUUGACAAAGAGAUUAGCGAGCUGAAAAUGUCUGUCAACUCACGGGGGAGGCUCGUUGCUACAGAGUUCUUGAAGCAAUUCAUCUGAUGAAAAACGACUCCAAUUUCUUGAGUUGAAACUUCUGUAGAUGCUGCUAAUGACUCUUGAAAUAGUUUCACUGUACAAUCUGGUAAACUAGGUGCAGAUAAAAGUGUGUGUAGAGAAAUCAAACAUUAGAUAUCAUGAGACUACAAGUUACGCGAGAAUGUGAAGAGAUAAGAAGUUGGAUUUGGACUUUCUGUCGAUCGUUGUUGAAUUUUGGAGGCUAAUCCACAAUAUUUGAGAUUGAUACAUUUGCUUGGCUUCUUUUAAAAGCCAGAAAAUAAGAUUAUAUUGAAUGCCCAAUGGAACAAUAAGAUAUCAAUCAUUUUCAUCUCAAAACG